GUGACUGAUCUGUACGGUAUGCGGAAUGGGCCAAUCAUUCUAUUUCAACAGCACUAGUAGUGAUUCACUCUGCUCAUCGAGCGCAAAUAAGAGGAGUUGUUUGAGUGGUACAUACCGUUGACAGGUUAGACGAGAAUCCGAUGAAAACUAAGGAGCUGCAAAGCGUUCAGACGUGCUGGCGGGACGAUUUUACAGUAGGGAAAACUUGCGUAAGUGUACAUAAGCCGAAAGGAUUAAACAGAGAGUUUUCAAACGAGCGUUCUGCCGGUAAUCGAAAACAUGUGCCCGAAAACUUGACACUUUUGAGACGGGAGACGGACUUAUCCAUCGAUGCGAGCUUCGGUUCCGUCUCGGAUUCCCGAAGAGGAGAGAAAGGAGUGCCGGAGGAGAACCAUGAGUGUUGCGUCUCGCGGUGGGACAUGGAAAGAGUGUCGGAAGGAGGUGCCGUGACUCCAGGCACAGUUGCGGAGGAAAGUGUGGCCCAAUGCCUGAACACGCCAGAGUUUCUGCAGCUAGAGCAAUCCACAAACGCUUGCAUGUUCAGUUUCUCGUCUACAUUAGCCAAAGAAAUGACCAAAACGAGUGCGCUGAAAACCUCUGUGCAAGGACGCCGGUGUGGUACCUCUACGCAGAGGGAAGAGGAGCAAAAUCACCUCACUCCUUUGGAACAAACCUCAAGCCCGUUCACUGGGACUAUUCCUAAACUAAUAGUCACUUCUGAUGAUUUAGGUCCUGACCAAGACUGCGCGCACAAUCCGCUUAUCAGUGAUUUGACGCUCGGCAUGGGCAGGUUUUCACUGGACCUGCAUCCCGACGAGGACUCGCCCUGCUCGGACAGUGGCUGUGGGGGCUCCCCUGUGCCCUCUUUGCUCCACCGAAAGCUUUCCAGCUCCUCUUCUGCUGGAUUAUCCUCUGCUUCAUCGUUUGAGGAGUCGGAGGAUGAUUUCACAGGCAGUGACAAUGAGCCCAAUAGUCUGUCCCCCAGUAUAUGCAGAAUGUUUGGGAGUCCUGAUGAACUGGCAGGGACUAAAUCUUGGAGGAAGUUAAAGACCAUGGUACAUUGCUCACCAUUUGUGGUUUCCUUUAAGAAACAAUAUCCUUGGGUCCAGCUGGCCGGCCAUGCAGGUAGUUUCCAGGCGGGAGAGUAUGGAAAGCUAUUGAAGAAGUAUUGUGAAUGUGAGCAUCAGUGUCUCCAGAAGCUGAUGAAUGACCAACUCAGGCCAUUUGUUCCUGGUUACUAUGGUGUAGUGCAGCGAAAUGACCAGGACUACAACCUGAUGGAUGAUCUGCUUGCCCACUUUGACUCUCCUUCAAUCAUGGAUUGUAAGAUGGGAAGCAGGACAUACAUGGAAGAAGAGCUGGUAAAGGCACGUGAGCGUCCUCGCCUGAGAAAGGACAUGUAUGAGAAAAUGGUGGCUGUGGACCCAGGAGCACCCAGUCCAGAGGAGAGAGCCCAGCAGGCUGUUCUCAAACCCCGCUACAUGCAGUGGAGAGAGACCCUGAGCUCAACCACCACCCUUGGCUUCCGAAUAGAAGGCAUCAAGAAAUCAGAUGGUACAUGCAACACCAACUUUAAAAAAACCAAGCAUAAGGAGCAGGUGAUGAAGGCCUUGAAUGACUUUGUGGAUGGCAACACACAGUUACUGAGGAAUUACCUGCAGAGACUGGAGGAAUUGUGCAGCGCUCUGGAGACCUCAGAUUUCUUCAGGACACAUGAGGUGGUUGGGAGUUCUUUGCUUUUUGUGCAUGAUGCUUCAGGUCUGGCCCGAGUUUGGAUGAUUGACUUCGGUAAAACGGUUCCACUGCCACCUCCCCAAACCCUGGACCACCGCACGCCCUGGGUCGAGGGAAACCGGGAGGACGGGUACCUGUGGGGUCUGGACAACUUAAUUCAGAUCUUUGGUGACAUGCUACAGGACACUGCCUGUCCUUUACCCUGAUGGAUAAAGCAGACCUUCUCCAGCACUAAAGAUCACAUGGAGGAACAUGUUGAUUGAGGGAUGGCUCCUUCUCAAUAGUGGCGCAGAACAGAAGAUGUAAGGCCUGAGAUGACAGUGCUCUUUUCUCUGUGAUGUGAAAACAAAACCCAAAAGGGUGAAAAAACUGAAGUUGUAGACCAGCCUUUGGAAUUGGGUCAGCAAGUUCACAUGUUCUGCAAUUUUCUCUUGCGUGAGUGGCCAUGCAUGUACUGUACGCAGAAACUCCUCGACAGUCAAAAUACUCUGAUACCGAACCAAAACAUUUAGUGAAGAAAAACUUUGUUUUUGUGUUUUUUUUUUAUUUUUUAACUAUUACUGAGACUAACCUUUAUAGGAAUGGAGUGGCAAUGGAGAGCUGUGUGUCCUAAAACAGUUAUGUGUAUUCUUUUAAGAAUAUUUGCAAAGUUUUAUUUUCGUUUUACCAAAAGGUUUGUUGAAAACACUACUAGAAAUGUGCUUUACUCAGUUUAUUUUUCUUCAAUGCAAUUAUUGUACAUUUCUGUCUGGGUUUCCACCGUUGUGUAAAUAAUACUUAUUUACAGUGUGAUCUUAUACGAUUCUUUUUUACCAGAGUGAUGUUAAGAAAAACUUAAAAGUUAACUUCCGUUUCAAUUUCAAUUUAUUUCCAUAAUCUCUAAUUUAGUACCUCAUUUAUUUCAGAAAGAUGGUAUCUAACUGCUUUAAAUAACAGUUUUAAGGUCAAACAAAUGGGAGAUAAGACAUUAUCUGGAGCCUUCGGUUUGCAGUGUGGCUUGUCACUUCAAGCCAGAUUAAUUUGAUAUCUUCAUUUUGGUUGAUAACUGUGAUGUGUGAUAUUUCCAUGAUGCAUAUAUCUCCUAUAGACCAAGAAUGUUCAAAUUUUUAAGUUUCCACUUUUAAUCAUUUCAGUCUAUAUAGCUGUCCAAACAUUACUAAUAUAACUCUAAAUUGAAGUUCAAAAUGUAACGACUAACAAAUUUUAAAACGGAUUUCGAAUUUGUCAGAAGUGAAGUGGUAUUAAUUUGUGAAACAUUCUUGCUCUAUAUCUAACUUCUUUGCCCAUGACAACGAAAGAUAGAGGACUUCAUCAGGAUUGUAUUUUAGACUAUUUACUAAGUAGAUGGUACAGUGUUAGAGUUCUUAAAACUAGCCACAGUAACAAAGAUACAAAAACUACCGGACAAAGUUUGGAAACACUUACUCAUUCUUUAUUAUAAUUGUUUUUUUUGUUUGUUUUUUUGUUUUUUCACAUUUAGAAUUAUAGUAAAGUCAUUAAAACUAUGGAAUAACAUAAAUGGAACUAUGGAAAUUAUGUUGUGACUAAACAAAAUCCAAAAUAAAUCAAAACUGUGUUAUAUUUUAGCAUCUUCAAAGUAGUCACCCUUUGCCUAGAAUUUGCAGAAAUGUACUCUUGACAUUUUCUCAACCAACUUUUUGAGGUAUCACCCUGGGAUGCUUUUUAACAGUAUUGAAGGAGUUCCCAUCUAUGUCGGGCACUUAUUGGCUGCUUUUCUUUAUUAUUUGGUCCAAGUCAUCAAUUUCAAAAACUUUUUUUUAUUUUUAUUAAAUUUGAGUUUUAUAAUGAAAUAAAUUAAUAUGGUGGCACAAUUAUAUUUUUGUCUACAAAACUAAUUUUAAACAUUUAAGCAUACGCCUUCAGAUCAAAAGAUUUUUAAGAUCAUGUGAAACAUUUCAGUCAAGUGUUUCAAAACUUUUGACCGUUAGUGUAAGCUAACAAGUAUGAUUGAUCUCAUCAACACUCUACAAUUCUAUGUGCUUCAACUGAAUAGUUUGACCUGUUAAAUUAAGUUUUGUUUUUUACACUUGGUAACUUAUUUUCUGAGGUGAUCUCUCAGACUGACUGUUUGCAGUGAUAACCUAGCACAGUUUUAGUCAUGGUUUAGUUUCUGCGUUAGCCAAAUGUGUGCAAUGUGUGCAAGUGUAGUAUAAUUGGGUUUCAAAGGUUCGCCCUCUUUAUCUGCACCACCAACCAUUUAGAAGCCUAAAUGUUUCUAGAUCACUUUCCUAGCUUUUGUUUAGUACAUCAUUAAGCCCAAAUGACCUCCACAUCACAGCAGGCGCUCCUGGACUACAGCUUGAUAUUCAUGAUGACAUCAAAAAAUUGUAUUUGCUUGGAGACCAAAUCUGACAGGUUAAUCUCUGAAAUUAUCUAAUGGAAAACUGUGUAGCAUAUCAGCUGAUGAAAAUUGUGGCCGCUGAUGUCAUCCACAUUCAACCCGAUCUCAUGAAAAUUCAUACAUAAUUUAGGAGUUGGCUAUUUCGUAUGGUCUCGCACAAGGUUGUUCGCAUAAACUCGUACGACUUCAUCACUUGCAAAUUCCCGGAUGUCUAACACGGAAAUAAGUUAAUUGUCACGUAUUAGAUGGAAACGAUGUCCAGCGACGUCAUUGGCUGUAGUGAAAGUCAUAGGAAUUCAAACGAGUGCAGUCACACGACAACAUACGAAUUAGCCAAAUUUAGAAAAGUCGUACGAAUCCUUACAAUUUAGCCGUGAGAGUGUGUUAUCCACAUUUGUUCUCAAAUUAGGUGCUGUGUAAGUGUGAGAGAAAAAGAAAAAAACUUUUUCAAUCGAGCCUGUUUGCUUCAUGCCACAGGCUGUAAUCCAGAAAUAUUUGAUUUUAGAGAUAGACAUUAGAAGAUAAUAUCCUCUUGCACAAUGCCACAAACAUAUUAAAGUUAUUAACUCACCUAGCCAGCUUGAGUUAUGUUGACAUUUGUUUACAGAACAUACCGCCAUUUGUUUUUCUUUCGAGUGUUAGAGCUUCACAGAUUGUAGUUCUUUGGAUUUGUGAAGAUCUGCACACUGUCUGCUGGUUUAUCUGUCAACAUUCUAGCACAACAUUCCAGUAUGUUCAUUCUGAAUGUGGAGACAGUGCUCAUAAUCAAACAUUCCUCUCUGAGAUCCAUUGCCUUGUUUACAGAUAAUAUUAAGUAUUAUGCAUUGUUCAAAUUGUUAAAACUUGUUUCGAACUACUGUACUGCAUGUUUUAAGAUGGAUGGUUUAUGCAGGGAAGAGAAAUGGCUAGUGUACUGCCUCGGUGGGUUGUCUUGGCCUAUUUUGUACAAAGUGAGACAAAAGUUUAUUUGCAAUAGGGACAUUCUGUGCUUCUGUACUCAAAUGUCCUUAAAUGUCUGUUGUCUUGAAAGCCAAUCCAAUAAACUGGAACUAAUAUUA